AUGUACCUGUGGUUUGUUGUCAUCGUAGUUUUGGCUUACGUUAUCUGUUUAAAGUACAUUUAUUAUCGACAUAGGCGGUCGUUUAAAAAUGAAAUCAAUUAUUUACUCAGCUUGGAAGCACAUGGGGCUGGUAGAGAAUGUCUGAUUGUAACCGCGCAUCCGGAUGAUGAAUGCAUGUUCUUUGGACCAACGAUCAUACGACUUAUUGAAUGUAAUGUCAUCGUGCAUUUGCUUUGUUUAUCGGAAGGUAACUACUGCAAUCAAGGUGUACAGCGUAAACAAGAACUUUUCAACAGCUGUGCUAAAUUGGGGAUACAUCCCUCCAGAAUUACCAUACUAGACCACAAGAAACUUCCAGACGACCCCAAAGCAGAAUGGAGGGUCUCCCUGCUAAACUCUAUAAUUGCAAAGCACUUGAGAGCCCACUCUAUCAACAUGGUGCUGACGUUCGAUGGAAGAGGAGUGAGUGGCCAUAGCAAUCACAUAGCUAUCUAUAAAGCUGUCAGGCAUCUCGCUACCACUGACCAACUACCUAAAGACUGCUGUUUGUUCUCUUUAGUGUCUGUCGGCCUGCUCAGGAAAUAUGUCUCCUUCCUAGAACUUCCUCUCAGCUGGCUGCUUCCCUCAUCCCUUUGCUGCAUAAUAGGCUCAAAGGGCUACAAGCAGUGCAAAGCCGCAAUGCUUUGUCAUCGCACUCAACUGGUUUGGUUUCGGUAUCUUUACAUCACCUUCUCACGCUACAUGUUUGUUAACACAUUCCAGAUGAUUCCACAAGGACCAAAGGUUGAGAAAAUGUAUUAA